CGUGAGGCGGCUUCCGGCGGGGAGCGGCCGCCAUGGCGGCGACGCGGCGGGAGGUGAAUGUGAUGCGGCUGUUGAGCCGCUGCGAAGCGCUGGCGGCCGAAGCGCGGGGCCCCGAGGAGUGGCGGCUGGAGAAGUACGUGGCUGCUCUCGAAAACAUGCUCCGGCAGCUGAAGCAGCAGCCUGGUAUCAAGCCAGCCCCAGAACUGAUGAAUGAAUACUCUCGCAAAGUGGACUUUCUAAAGGGACUUUUAGAAGCUGAAAAAUUGCCCUCCUCAACUGAAAAGGCUCUGGCAAAUCAGUUCUUGGCCCCUGGACGUACCCCUACAACGACCAAAGAGAGGAUCCCAGCUACUAAAACAGUCCAUCUGCAGACAAAGGCUCGUUGCACAGGCAAGAUGAGGAGUGAGCUGCUUGGUACAGACCCCUUGGCUACCAGUGAUGCUGAGGAGUUAAACGUGAGGAAGCGAAGAGGCCUUGUGUCUGAUGAGAAGCAGUCAGCAGUGGAGCUGGAUGCUGUGUUACAGCACCAUCAGGACAUGCAGGAGAAGUUAGCUGAAGAAAUGCUGAGUUUGGCUCGCAAUCUCAAAAGCAACACUCUGGCUGCACAGAAUGUUAUCAAACAAGAUAACCAGACACUGUCCCAUUCCCUCAAGAUGGCAGACCAGAACUUUGAGAAGCUCAAGGAUGAAUCUGACCGCCUGGAACAGCAUGCAAAGAAAUCAGUCAACUGGCUCUUGUGGAUAAUGUUAAUUGUAGUUUGUUUCAUCUUCAUCAGCAUGAUUCUCUUUAUCAGGAUCUUCCCCAAACUAAAAUGAUUUUAUUUUUUUUCUGGGGUUUUCUCCUGGGCUUUGGGUUUGUUUUUAGUGUAGAACUCCAGCAGUGCCUCUGGAAAGCUCAGCUGGGAUGGUCACUGGCACAAGGGCAUUUCUCUGCCACCUCUCCUGUCAUGAAGGAGGCUGUCCCAGGCCUACCCAUGCAUCUGUUCCUCAUGCAAUCUCUGGGUUCAGUGAAGAGUUUCAUGAGGAAGGCUUUUCUAGGAAGGCUUUUCUACACUUGGGUACUUUCUUCUCUUAGUCAAUAUUGUUGUCUGUUAAGAGUAGAAGUGAGAUAACAAUGACAAUUUCCACUGAGCUGCUGACAAGUUUCUCAGUGGAUGGGAGCAGUGCUCUGUUUUUACUGUGGCUGUGGCAAACAUCACAACUCCAACAGAUGUUUACCCAAUGCCAAUAAUAGUUGAGAUCUUACAGUUUUUCCUGUCUUUACAGCUUGACUGUACUGAAGCAGGACCUUGCUGCCACUGGGGUGUUUAAUUGCAAAGUUAUGUACAUGCACAGCUGUAGGGUCUAGGAAGAGAAUGCUGCCCUUGAGUUGCUUUUGCCUGCCUCAGGUUCAGAGAGCAUCAACAGGUAAAACUAUUCUCAGCUCUCCUUUUUGCCAGGUGGGUGUCUGGGAUUUUAGCUUUGCAGUUGUCUUCAGUUUAGACUGACUGUACCAGGGCUGAAGUUGCUUUCUGUUGCAAUGGUUGCUUCCCUCUUUUUGUGUGAACAAGUGUUCUCACUCUUUGGUCUCGUGCUGCUGGCGUGACCCUGGUACAGCAGGGUUGUACACAGGUUGCUGUCAGCAGGGGACAGACCUCACCUGUACAAACACUCCUUCACUCAAGGGUGGAGGAGGAAGGAUCAUGUAAAAAAUAACAAUAAUUCAGCUUUUACAUUUGGAGACAAGUUGUUCUGGUCCAGAGCAUUCAUGUCCAACUUGUAUUCUUAAGAGAUCACUACAAUAAAGCAGAGGUGAAAUAAA